AUGGAGUUUAUUGGCCGAGAAGAGUCAGAUGAUGACUUUGAUGAUGUUCCAUUCUCAAAGUUUAAUGUUGAUAGAGUUGGAUCUUCUGGUGUACAGAAGGAGUUUACUGGUGGUUUUGAUGUCGAUGGUGUGAUGCGUAAGAUGAAGGAGUUUAUUUCUAGGCAAAAGAAGACUGAUGAGUCUAUUGAAGUAUUGAAUAAUGUGUUGGAGGGUAGAUUCAAGGAGUUGCAGUUAAGUCUUCAGUCGUAUAUUGACUCAAAGAUCAGUGAAGGCUUGGUUUUUUUUAUGGAAUUGAAGUUUAAUGAGUUGAAGGAAGCUAUUGAAAAUGCAAAAAUUUCUAAAGAUGGAAAUGAUAGUCCUGAUGAGAGCGAUGGCAAGAAUGAUGAUUUAAAUGAUGUUGAAGUUUUUGAUGUGAAAAGUCAAGAUGCAAUUGAAACUGUUGGACUCGAUGAGAAUAUCCAAUAUACUCAGGUUUUUAAUGAUGAUGCUCCUUCAUUUGAUAUUAUGAGUUUUAUUUCUAGUAAACCUGAUUGGUUUACUGAAGAAAAAAAGAAUACUGAUAAAUUGAAUGAUGAAGAACAGGUUGUUGAUGAUCAUGGCCUAUUUAAGGAUGUUGUUAAAAAAUCUAAGGAGGAUGAAGAUGAUGGUGGUGAUGACCAGGCAAGUUUAUUUAUUUUUUAGUUUUUUCAUUAUUUAGAUGAUUUGUUACUAUGUUGGUUGUUGUCUCUGUCAAAUGUUUUUUAUGUUUGUUUUGUAU